AUGUUUAAUACUAAUAACAACGAGAUUACCAAUCAUCUAGAUACUCAUACUAGAAAUGCAGAUGAUGUUGAUCAAGAUGACACCAAUGAAGUACCAAUAUUGGAAGGAUUUGAUGCAGGUCGGAAGUUGGAGUUUAAAAAGCUUCUCUCCCUCUCGCACAUUCCAGAGUAA